GGAUGGGCUGGGCCUGAGGCAAGCGUUCUAGGACUCCUUGUCCUUGAUCUUUCAGACAAAACACUGUCCUCUUAGUCCAGAUCCCAGCAGCAUCGAUAGCCAUGGAGAAGCUACUAUGGUGCCUUCUGAUCAUGAUCAGCUUCUCUCAGACUUUUGGCCAUGAAGACAUGUUUAAAAAGGCCUUUGUAUUUCCCAAGGAGUCAGAUACUUCCUAUGUGUCUCUGGAAGCAGAGUCAAAGAAGCCACUGAACGCCUUUACUGUGUGUCUCCAUUUCUACACUGCUCUGAGCACAAUCCGCAGCUUCAGUGUCUUCUCUUAUGCUACCAAGAAGAACUCUAACGACAUUCUCAUAUAUUGGAAUAAGGAUAAACAGUAUACUUUUGGAGUGGGUGGUGCUGAAGUACGAUUCAUGGUUUCAGAGAUUCCUGAGGCUCCAACACACAUCUGUGCCAGCUGGGAGUCUGCUACAGGGAUUGUAGAGUUCUGGAUUGAUGGGAAACCCAAGGUGCGGAAAAGUCUGCACAAGGGCUACACUGUGGGGCCAGACGCAAGCAUCAUCUUGGGGCAGGAGCAGGACUCGUAUGGCGGUGACUUUGAUGCAAAGCAGUCUUUGGUGGGAGACAUGGGAGAUGUGAACAUGUGGGACUUUGUGUUAUCUCCAGAACAGAUCAACACAGUCUAUGUUGGUGGGACACUCAGCCCCAAUGUUUUGAACUGGCGGGCACUGAACUAUAAAGCACAGGGUGAUGUGUUUAUUAAGCCGCAGCUGUGGUCCUGACCUACUGUUGUGAGCCCUGAAGCACCUCCUGGGAUUACAUUCUCUCCCUUGUCUCGGGUUAUGAACCUUUUAGCCCCAGCAGAUGUUGUAGGUCUGUUCUGUGAAUAUGGCCUUUCACUUCUCUGCUUUGUGGUCCUCAGCACUAGAGCACGGAAUUUAAAUGGAAGGCUUCCAGCAUAAGCAUCCCACUAGGACUCUACCAAAGAGAAUCUGACUUACCCAUGGUUUUAUGUAUAUAUGUAAAUAUCUCUCUCUAUAUAUGUUUAAUUGAAAAAAUUUUAGACAUAAUUCUCCCUCACAUAGAUGAGAAAAUAGAUGCAUAGAAAGGAGAAUAAUUUUUUUAUUGUUUUUGUUUUAGAAUGUCAUCUUGAGUGCUGUAUUUACAUACUUUCUAUCCCUCCCUCUUCAGAUCCUCUCCUCUCCUUCCAAAUUCUCUCUCAAAUUCACGAUGUCUUAUUAUUAGCCUUAUGCAUAUAUACACAUGCAUAAUACCUAUCAUCUAUCAAUCUAUCAAUCAAUCAAUCUAUCUAUCUAUCUAUCUAUCUAUCUAUCUAUCUAUCUAUCUAUCUAUCUACCUAUCUAUCAUCUAUUCAUCAGUCAUCCAUCUUACUGAUUACAUUUAGUGCUUCUUGUAUUUUGUUGAAGACUGGACACUGGAUAAUCUAUCAGGAGGGCCCCUCCUUGAAGAAUACUGAUUGUCCUUUUCUCAGCAGCCACUGAUUACCUCUAGCUCUUCAUAUAGGGUUGUGUCUUUGUGAAAUUUCUUCUGUCCAUGUUGCAUGUCAAUUGGUGUCAUUGUGCAGGUCUUGUUUGGGCAACCUAGAGUGAUGGAGCACUGACUACACUGUGCUCAGAAUCAGUUCUUUUCUGGAAUAAAAUCUGUACCUGUACUUCCCCAGUUCAUGAGUCAAUAAAGUCACCUUUGGCUUGAAUGAA